AUGCGGGUGGAUGGGGUCAAAUACAAAGGCAACAUAAGAGACGUUGCUAGGGAUCAUUUUAUGAGUCUAUAUGAGGAAGAAUUUGUUGUUAGACCUCAACUAGAUGGUUUGAAUUUCAAGAAAAUUGGGAGAAGCAACAGAAAAAUGUUAGAAGCCAAGUUCUCUGAGGAUGAGUCCUACAGUCGUUGGUUUUCAUUGCUUACAAAGACAAAGCAAGAGGUGCGACUGGUUGUGGGUGUCGAAGAGGAAGUCCAAAAGUUUACCUACAAUUUCAAGGCCAUUCUAGAUGUGCUUGAAGAUGAAGAGAAACGAGGGGUAAAGGAGGCCAAUGUAAGGUUAUGGUUAGAGAAAUUAAAAGAUGCUUCAUAUGAUAUAAAGGACGUGUUGGAUGAGUGGAAUACUGCUCUACUUCAAUUAAAAGUUGAAGCUGAAGAGAAGAAGGUUGAGAGUGGCUCCAUACUCAAGGUGCGCAGUAGAGAAAAAACCAAAAAUAAAGUGGUAAGGAUGCUGUUAGAAGAAAGUAGUCAAGAAUCACUCUUCCAAACGAUCUCUAUUAUUGGGAUAGGAGGAUUAGGAAAGACAACUCUGGCUCAAUUAGCCUUUAAUGAUAAGGAUGUAGUGGACCAUUUUGAAAACAAUAUAUGGGUGUGUCUCUCAAAUCCUUUUGAUGAGAUUAGGAUCGCUAAGGCAAUCCUUGAAUCCAUUAUUGGAAGUAAGAUUUUAGUGACCACAAGGAAGGAGACUGUUGUAAAUAUCAUGGGAAGCAGAAACACCCACAUGUAUUUCUUAGAGAACUUGUCGGAGGAAGAAUGUUGGUAUGUGUUUAGCAGCAUAGCUUUCUUCAAUAGAAUAGAUGAAGAAUGCAAGCAUUUAAGGACAUUGCUUUUUCCUCAUUUGCUGCUGAGUUAUUUUUAUUUGCCUUAUGAAAUAAGGUAGUGUUUCUUAUAUUGUGCUAUCUUUCCAAAAGAUUACAAGAUAAGGAGAGAGAAUUUGAUUAGAUUAUGGAUGGCGCAAGGCUAUCUUAAAGAUGAUAUAAAAACUGUUGGUUAG